AUGUAUGGCUCUGUUCUUAACCCGGGAAGGAGUGGUGUGGUAAUAGGAGGUUCCCCAGCGGGAUUAAGUCUCCUAUCCGACAUCUCCUCUAUCACUCAGCUGUCGCCAGCAGCCGAAUCAGUCUCCAGCAGUGUCCCAACUGAUUCACCAGAAGAGUUGGUAGACUCUGACCAUGAAGAUGCACUGGACCUAGACGAGCCUGACAACCACAACAUUGAGACCGAGGAAGACUUCCAACACCUUGAUUGUGAAGCUGAAGAAGCACAAUUGGAACAAAUGCUACAAUUGUGUGUUGUUGGCAAACCCAAAGGCUCCAAAGACCAUCAGUCCAUCAAAAAGAAAGAUCUUAUUCUGAACCUGAUGGACCUAGAGCCUGAUGUUAAGAUUGCUGGUCUUCCUGCCGGCCACAAAGACCCAGCUCCUGAACCAAGAGUUGCCACUGGUGAGAUUCCAUUUGACACCCAAAGAAAUUGGCCCCACGUGAUCUACCGAGGCAAGGUAGACAAGUCUAGAAAGUACCAAGGCCACGAGCUACCGGCUGGUGCCAAAUGUUGUCCUUCUAUGAAUGGACAAAGAACAUGCAAUGGAUGGGAGUUUCACUAUGGUCCUUGGGAGCACAAUCAUGAAGAAGCAGGAACCAAUGCUUUCUGA